AUGACUUACACACGCACCGAAGUUCCACCACGUCUUUCGCCGGAAUCCUCCACAGGAUCUCCUGGAUCAGUUCGCCUGGAAGAACGGCAAACUGACAGCAAUGUAGGAGGAGGAACUAAUGCCAAGGUGAUCAGCGAUGUAGCAAAACAGCCAGAAAGCUCAAAUUCAAAAAAUCCAGUGCAUGUAGAAAAGGCAAGUUUUCUUUUUGGCAAGAAUCUUGGAGAUGAGACUGUAAAUGUUACUGUCCCGGAUUUGGUGGAGAGUGAUUUGCAUGCUGUUCAUGUAGACCAUGCACAACAUGAGGAUUUGGAAGGUUGGACUCAAGUGAUUAGGAAAGGAAAGUAUAAAAUGGGUCAAAAGCCUUCUUCUAGUACCCAUCAGGUCCAACCAAAAGCAAAGAAGACUCCUAACAAGGCUACCAGUACUUGGACAAGGCCUAACCACCAACGUACAACACAUGCUACUAGAUCCAAAGUAAAAUUAAGCAGGGGCAUCAAUAUUGGAAAAUCGGUUAGUGUGGCUUCUUCGGGGACCCGGCACAAUGUUCAUCAUCAGCAGCAAUGUGAGACAACAAAUGGCACUGUGCGUAAGCGUCCUCGCCCAAACUCUUUGCAGAAUUCACCGGUAGAUAAGGAUGGAGCAUCGACGGCAGCCUGGAAUGUGAGGGGUGCGUCUAACAAGAUGGCCCGUAUGCAUUGUAAAAAUUUGUUGGGUUUUCAUUGUGUUGGUAUUGAGGAAGCAGUAGGACACAGGGGUGGCAUUUGGUUUCUAUCUUCUAUUGCUAAUUCUUCUUGUGUGGUUAUUGAUCAAAUUGACCAAUGUAUCACAGUGAAAGUGAGUGUGGGCCAUAAUAGACCAUGGAUGGCCAUUGGUGAUUUUAAUGAGAUUGUGGCACCAGAUGAGAGUACAGGUGCUUAUUUUUCUUCUCACAGAGCUAGUCUAUUAGCUACUACCCUAGAUGACUGUGAGCUCUUUGAUCUUAAAGUAACUGGUAGGAGAUAUACUUGGUAUAGAGCAGUUCAGGCUAGCAGGGACUUGGCUAAAAGGUUGGAUAGAGCUCUAGUUAAUGAGGCGUGGAUGUCAAUGUUUCCUGAGGGUUAUUCUGAAAUUCUGACAAUGUUUCCUGAGGGUUAUUCUAAAAUUCUUAGCAGGCUUCAUUCUGAUCAUUGUCCUAUUUUAGUUCGUUGUCAUGGUAGCCCCAGAGUGAAAGGUUCUCGUCCUUUUAGGUUCCAAGCUGCGUGGGCAACACAUCCUUCUUAUAAACAUGUUAUUAGUAAGGCUUGGAAUCAAGAGUUUGGAGGCGUUACUGAAAGGCUUAAGAUGGUUCAACAGGCUUCUUUGGACUUUAACUCAAAGAUUUUUGGAAAUAUUUUUGUGCGAAAAAAUAAGCUGGAAUAUCAGAUUGAUCAGAUUCAACGGCGUUUGGAGGUUACCGAUGUGUUAUCUCUGAGAAUUAAAGAAGCUGAACUGAGGGAAGAUUAUAAUAGGCUUUUAUUAAACCAUAAUAGAGUACAUGGAUUAUAUGUUAGAGAUGGGUCUUGGUCUACUGAUCCAGAUGUUCUCCAGGAAGAAUCCCUCUCUUUUUACAAGAAUCUCUUUGGUACAACGGAAGAGGUUGAGGUUGAUUGUUUAGGGGAUGUUCCGAUGCCUACUCUAAGCACUGAGGCUUGUGCUAGGUUAAUUGACCAUGUCUCUUUUGCGGAAGUCAAGUCAGCAGUAUUCAGUAUGAGCCCUUUUAAGGCUCCUGGUCCAGAUGGCUUUCAAGCUUAUUUUUUUAAAGAAUAUUGGGAGAUAGUAGGCACUGAGAUUUGGAAUAUUGUCCGGAGCGCUUUUUUGGGAGAGUUCUUAAAUCCUAGCAUCAUGGAAACUCUGAUUGUGCUUAUUCCUAAAAUUGAUAAUCCUACCUUUAUGAAGGAUUUCAGGCCUAUUAGCUUGUGUAAUGUUGUUUAUAAAAUUAUCACCAAAGUAUUGACUAACUGA